UAUGCCUGAUGUUGCUUCUCCCUUUAAAUACAAAGAAUCAAAAGCCACAACCAGAGCAGUCAGCGCUGAGAUACAGACUUUCAUAAUAAGCUAAGCAGGUCAUCUCUUCAGUUUGAUCCAAAACAAGCCAACAUGAUUUCAGUAUUUCUGCUGGUGCUCUGUGUUGUCUUCCUUCUUUUUCAACUCAAACCUCAGAGACCCAAGAACUUCCCACCCGGACCCCCCAGUCUGCCUGUACUGGGGAACCUCUGGAACCUGAACAUGAAGAACCCCUUAAAAGACUUUGAUAGGCUGAGUCAGUCGUAUGGAAACGUCUACAGUCUGUUCUUGGGUCAGAGACCAGCUGUGGUCAUCAAUGGGUUUGAGGCCAUGAAGGAGGCGAUGGUGAUCAAAGCUACUGAUUUCGCUGGUCGACCCCAAAACAUGUUAAUUACUGACAUCGCCGAUAGCAAAGGUGUUGCUCUGGUUGAUUAUGGCUCGCUGUGGAGGGACCAUCGGCGCUUUGCUCUCAUGACUCUGAGGAACUUUGGUUUGGGAAAGAAGUCAAUGGAGGAAAGAAUCCAUGAAGAGAUUCAGCACAUAAUUAAAACUCUAGAAAAUAAUAUUGGUAAAACUUUGAGUCCUCAGUUCCUGUUUCACAAUGCAGGCUCCAACAUCAUCUGCAAGGUUCUGUUUGGAACGCGUUAUGAGUACGAAGAUGAGACGAUCAAAAAUGUAAUCAGGUGCUUCACUGAGAUUUUGAAAAUUUUAAUGGGACCCUGGGCGAUGAUCUACGACUCAUUUCCUGUGAUCCGUUCGCUCCCACUGCCCUUCAACAAAGCCUUUCAGAAUAUGGAGACUUUUCUCAAUAUUUCAAGAGGUUUGGUGAAUGAACACAAGAAGAGCAGAGUCCCUGGAGAGCCGCGAGAUUUUGUUGACUGCUAUCUGGACGAGCUGGAUAAGAGAGAUGGUGAUUCCACUUUUUCUGAGGAGCAGCUAACAAGAAUCACCUUUGACCUCUAUGCUGCUGGGACAGACACCACCUCCAACACCCUGCUGACUGGGUUUCUUUACCUCUUGAACUAUCCUCACAUACAAGAGCGAUGUCAGCAGGAGAUAGACCGGGUGCUGCAGGGAGGCAAUCAGGCCACUUUUGAGGACAGGAACGACAUGCCUUACAUGCAGGCUGUGAUCCAUGAGAUUCAGAGGAUUGCCAACACAAUUCCUCUCAGUGUCUUCCACUGCACCACUAAGGACACAGAGCUCAUGGGAUACUCCAUUCCUCAGGGUACAAUGAUCAUCCAGAACAUGACCUCAGUGUUGAGAGAAGAGGGACAGUGGAAAUUCCCUCAUGAGUUCAACCCUGAAAACUUCCUGAAUGAACAGGGAGAGUUUGUCAAACCUGAGGCCUUCAUGCCUUUCUCUGCAGGUUCUCGAGUUUGUCUUGGAGAGAGUCUGGCCCGCAUGGAGCUCUUCCUCAUCACGGUGACUCUGCUGAGGAAGUUUAAGUUCGUCUGGCCGGAGGAUGCAGGAGAACCAGACUUCACACCAGUCUUUGGAGCAACUUUGACUCCCAAACCUUAUUUUAUGACAAUCCAGCUGAGAGAAAAUCAAUGAGGUUUUCUGAAUAAACUGAAGAAAGAACUUGAUGAUAAAACAUCAUUUUUUUACUCAUUCAGUAAUGCAGCAACAAUAUCUUCAAAGUCCCACACUGUUUAUUUUAAUUGCUACCUGACAAGAUGUUGCAUAAUCUGCUGGUGUGAAUUGCAAUGUUUGACUUCCU